AGAGCCGGCGUGCGGAGCGCUCGACUCGGACCGGCGGGAGGCGGCGAGCACGAGCAGCCCGACCCUGGGUGCGCAGGUCAGCGCCCGGACAGCACGGACACGCAGGGGCGGGGUAGCAGCCGACGCCCCUCGGCUCGCGCUCCGCACCUGGCCCUGCAGGAAGUGCGCGCUGAUUGACAGCUGCGGUGUCCCAAAAAGGCUGUAGUCAAAGAUGCUGCUCCGCGGGUGGGUGUAGACACUGCAGGCAGGCGCGCCCGUGCCCUCACUGGUCCGCGCUCCUCCCCGGGCCCCGCCGCCCCUCUGGCUGCGGAAGAGCGGGGCUCAGGCCCCAGCCCGCGCGCACCAGCCCCCGCGGUCCCGCACGACCCGGCGCUCGCAGCACUCAGGUCGUCAGGCUCUAGUCCGGGCUCACCAUGCACUGCCACGCGGAACUGAGGCUGAGCUCACCCGGCCAGCUCAAAGCAGCCAGGCGGCGCUACAAGACUUUCAUGAUCGAUGAGAUCCUCUCCAAGGAGACCUGCGACUACUUUGAGAAACUUUCCCUUUACUCUGUGUGCCCGUCGUUGGUGGUGCGACCCAAGCCCCUGCACUCUUGUACCGGCUCUCCUUCCUUACGGGCAUAUCCUCUCCUCUCUGUGAUCACCCGACAGCCCACAGUCAUCUCCCACCUGGUUCCCACCGGCCCGGGAAUCACCCCAGUGUUAUCCCGCCAUCCAGUCACCGAGGCUGCCACCGCCGCCGCCGAGACCCCUGGUGCUGAGGCAUUAGCCAGCAGCGAGUCCGAGACAGAACAACCCACGCAGCGGCAGAAGAAGCCACGCAGGAGUCGCACCAUCUUCACGGAGCUGCAGCUCAUGGGCCUGGAGAAGAAAUUCCAGAAGCAGAAGUACCUGUCUACACCAGACAGGUUGGACUUGGCCCAGUCUCUGGGACUUACUCAGCUGCAAGUCAAGACUUGGUAUCAGAACCGCAGGAUGAAAUGGAAGAAGAUGGUUCUUAAAGGUGGACAGGAAGCACCCACAAAACCUAAGGGGCGUCCCAAGAAGAACUCCAUUCCCACAUCAGAGGAGAUUGAAGCGGAAGAGAAGAUGAACAGCCAGGCCCAGAGCCAAGAGCACCUGGAGUCCUUGCAGGGACACGAGGAGCCCUGUGAUACCCAGGAACCCAAAGCAUGCCAUGUUCCCCUGGAGGUGACAGAACCACCUCACCAGCCCCAGGAGUUGCCAGAAGCUUCUUCUGAACCCCCACCGUUAAGCUAAACUAAAGUUCGUUGGGGGGAGGGGGAGACUGGGAAUAAGGGAAGAGAGAGAAGGCAAGGAGACUCAGGAGAGAAGCCUAGUUACCUGGGUGGAGCGCCACCCAUCUCCCUCCUCCCAGCGGCAUUUUCAUCUUGAGCAUUUGAUGAAGACUUGUUUGCCUUGGGACUUGCCCUUCUUACAAGGCUGUGUUAGCCACAGAUACCCUUGAGUAAGGGAGAUAGCGCCUUGGAGCUCUUUGCCCAGGCUGGGUGAUGGCUGUGGGGUUGGAUACGGCAGCCUGUCAGUGUGACAAGCUAGCUGGGCUGGCCUGCAGGGAGGGCUGCUCUCUCCCUGCUUCCCUCUGGGCAGCCAGUCAGCAGAGCGGGGAGAGGUAGGUGGGCCGGCUUGAGAAGCCUGCCCAGGCUCCUCGCUGACUCAGCGCUUAUUUCUGUAGUUUUAAGAGAAUUGAAUGUUUGGGGGGUUCUUUUUGGAGGGUGGGGUGGGGAAAACUGCUGGAGACAGGCAAAAAAGGAGUUGGAGGGAGCUGUGAGUUCCUAGGGACCUCUCUGCUUGUCGGUUUGGAGACGUGUGCCUUUGUACCUUUCUAAGAUGGUCAGACGACAAAGAAUUUAGGAGCCUUGGCUUUUCUGCUUCAUUAAGUUGCCAUCCCUGGAGCUGCAAGUGCAGAUACGUUAAGAUAACUUUUAUUUUUUAAUUAAAAAUAAAUCUUUCAAGAGGA